GCCGCGUGGAAACUGCCCCGGCCCAGCAACCAUGUCCGCCGCAGGUCAGGUGCCUGAUGUGGUGAUCUUUAACACAGAAGAUGCGAGGGAGUGGGUGAAUUAUCUGGGCAACUUGCUGACCACGACACGUGGCCUUGACGUUCUACCCUACUCUAUCAGCGAGGACACCGCCUUCAGCAGCCAGGACUGGGCGCGGUUUAAGAGUUGUAAGUGCCUCCUGCUGGUGCUGUCGCCACAGUUGCUGGACUGGCUUGUCCAGGCUGGGAUGAGGUGCGGACUGCACAAGGCGCUGAGGCCUCCGCACAAGGUGGUGGUGCUGUUGUGCGGCGCGUACGAGACCCCCCAGCUACGGUCCUUGUUCGGGGACUGGCCAAUGUGGACACACACGUCGUGCGACGAGGAGCCAGAGGUGUUUGCCGCUGCUGUAGACGUGGCCAUCACUGAGAGCAACAGCAGAGACUCUGGCUGCGAUACGACGGAAACAGAAGGGGAGGCACACAACAGGGUGCGAGGCAACAUGGCCAGACCAGCGGACGCUCCACAUAGCACGUCCCCCGCGGAACAUCGAGAGAACAUGUUGAAGGUUUUACCCGAGAGGAUCCAGUGUGGGGUCCCGCAGCAGGUUUUUGUUAUUCUAAAGGUCAAACUGGACAGCGAAGUAAGAAACGAAAUGGACUUUGUGUUGGAUACGACGGCGUCUGCACGGGUCCCCGCACUGUUUGUGAACGAGUACACCCUGUCUGCUGAUGCUCCAGAUAUGCCUCCUGGAUUGGUCACACUCACCGUCUACUCUGGAGACUUGAAAAUAUGUUCGGCGACUUUAACCUACCACACUGACAUGGAGGAAAUUGAGAACCUCUUGAACAAUGUUAUCAACCCCGUGGAAUUCAUGUGCCAGGCAUUCCACAUUAUACCGUACAACAGAGAAACACUGGACAAACUACUGACAGAGUCAUUGAGGGGCAACAUGCCUGCCAAUGGCCUUCAUAUAUUUGGAAUUAAUCAGCUGGAAGAGGAUGAUGUGUCUACAAUUCAGCGGGACAAGGAGCUGCCGACCCUGCUUCACUUUGCAGCAAAGUACGGGCUGAAGAACCUGACUGCUGUGCUGCUGCAGUGCCCCGGCGCUCUGCAAGCCUACAGUGUGGCCAACAAGGACGGAGACUACCCCAACAACCUGGCCGAGAAGAGCGGCUACAAAGAUCUCCGCCAGUUCAUCGACGAAUAUGUGGAAACGGCAGAUAUGCUGAAGACUCAUCUCAAAGAGGAGAUGUGCGACCAAAUGAAGGGGAAGGAGAACGACGACUUGUACGAGUCGAUGGCAACAGUGUCCAAAGACAUCCUGAUGAAGUGCAGCUUGAAUCCCGGCUGCGAUGAGGACAUCUACGAGUCGAUGAUGGAGAUGCUGCCUCCCUCUGGCAUCAUGGAGGACACCUAUGUGUCUAUGACCAAAGCAUCUGAUGUGGCCCCUUCAUCUCCAUUCUCCCCUCAAUCCUUUGGCCCUAAAAAGGAUUCCAUACUGAGAAGCUUCCUUCAAGGGCAGAUGCAGUAUGAUGCUUUUGCAGAGGCAGAAGAGGGCACAUACGAUACGAUGAUAGAAGGCGGCCAGGCUCCAGAGAUCGUGAACCGACCUCCAGCUCCUAACCCAAGAAUGCCGCCCAUCGGCAACAUUGAUGACGUGGUGCCCUACAUUUCCAAAGUGUUUUGCGGUGAAGAGAGGCGAGCGGAGAACCUUUACAUCACGCCAGUGUCGACCACGAUGACCGGACACUCCGGACCAGUCCUGCCGUCCCGCAAGAAGCAGUCUCUGGCCAGAGUUGCGUCCAGCGACUACGACCCGUUUGCGGGCAUGAAGACCCCUGGGCAGCGGCAGCUCAUCACCCUGCAGGAGCAGGUCAAGCUGGGCAUGAUCAACGUGGACGAGGCCCUCCUGCAGUUCAAAGAGUGGCAGCUCAAUCAGAAACGGCGAUCGGACUCCUUCCGCUUCCAGCAGGAAAACCUGAAGAAGCUUCGUGACAGCAUCACCCGCCGGCAGUUGGUGAAGGGGCGAGACGGCAAGCAUCGAGUGAUGGAGAUCACCCUUCCUGCUCGUCCACAAGACCUUCCAGACAGCGCCGAGUGUGGCGUGUACGAGACCAACCCCAGGUUCCACCCACCCUUACCGGCCCAGGACGGGAUUCAGCGAGGACAGUGGAACACAGGCAGCACCUCCAGCACAGCAAGCAGCCUCAGCAGUCGCUCCAGCACUCGCAGUGUGCUCAGCUUAAGCAGUGGAGCAGAAGGGGACAAUGAGGACAACGAGCCAGCGAGCUUCAGGACCUCCAAUGCCCGCCUGAGUCGACACCGGCCGCCCAGCUUACCUCCGCCCCGCGUGCCACCCCGUGGACAAGCCAGGAGUCCAGUCCAGCCAAGGGGGAAGUCAUCUCCUGCCCCGCCAGUGCCACCUAGAGGCUGGUAGUCGUAUCUCCCACAACUGGACCUCCCAGAGGAAGCACCAGGCAACACAACGUCACCACCCAGAUGGAGCAAGAAGCCAAGGAGUUUCACACCUCAGCAGCUUCUUGUGCUAAAUGCCUGCCGCUCUUUUGUUGACCCGGCCACGCAGGGUAGUCUCCAAGAGCGCCCGUGUUGUCUAUUGGUACGGAAGUGUGGAGAAAAACGACCAAGUGACUUAGUUAAAACCGCAAUGGUGAAGCUGCGAGCACCUACGUUCCAGCCAAAUGCAAAUGAGACCAAACUUGCCCGAUACUCAAAUCUUCUUCCAAUUCUCUUCGUGACCCUGUGAGGUGCCACGACACCCUGUUGUUGGAAUAUAACACACACAGACUCCA